ACCUCCUGAUUUCAUUCCUUCCUAAUAUUUUUUUCUUUCAUAAAGUCUAUAUUUGUUUCUUUGAAAAGAAGACAUGGUCUUGCCAUCUUCAACGCCCUUUCGAACCACAGGAAAGAUAGCGAAACCUUCACCGCAAUAUAACUUUCCGGUGAUCGAUUUCUCUAUUAACGACCGAUCAAAACUAUCGGAGGAGAUCGUGAAGGCCUGCGAGGCUAACGGGUUUUUCAAGGUGAUAAACCACGGAGUUAAACCGGAUAUCAUAACGAGAUUCGAGCACGAAGGAGAAGAGUUCUUUAACAAACCGGAAUCUGAUAAGCUAAGGGCAGGUCCGGCGAGUCCGUUCGGUUACGGAUGCAAGAACAUCGGGUUUAACGGCGAUUUAGGUGAGCUUGAGUAUCUUCUUCUCCACGCAAACCCGACAGCUGUCGUUGACAAAUCUGAGACUAUCUCCCAUGACGAUCCCUUCAAGUUCAGCUCAGCGACGAACGAGUACAUACGCGCGGUCAAAGAUUUGGCAUGUGAGAUCAUAGAUCUGACGGUCGAGAAAUUAUGGGGGCAGAGGUCAAGUGAAGUGAGCGAGCUGAUCAGAGACGUACGUAGCGAUUCGAUCUUGAGGGUAAAUCACUAUCCACCUGCACCGUACGCGGUGAGAGGCGUUAGCCAAAUAGGUUUCGGAGAGCAUUCUGACCCUCAGAUCCUGACGGUGUUAAGAUCUAACGACGUAGACGGACUUGAGAUUUGCUCACGUGACGGCUUAUGGAUCCCAAUCCCAUCUGACCCUACAUGCUUCUUCGUAUUGGUCGGUGACUGCCUUCAGGCAUUGACGAAUGGGAGAUUCACUAGCGUGAGGCACAGGGUAUUAGCAAACACAGCAAAGAAGCCUCGUAUGUCGGCGAUGUACUUUGCAGCGCCACCGUUAGAGGCAAAAAUUUCACCGUUGCCAAAGAUGGUGUCGCCGAACAACCCACCGCGGUAUAAUUCGUUCACAUGGGGUGACUACAAAAAAGCUACGUACUCUCUUCGUUUAGGUGUUCCUCGUCUCGAGUUUUUCAAGACUUCAUAAAUUAUAAAUAUCGGUAAAGAGUUAGAUGUUUUUUUUUUUGG